AGCUCUCGAACAGAGUAGCUUCGCGACAGCACUCGCAACUUACGUCUCUCAAAAAGCGCGCUGGAAAAGAACGCGUCAAGCUCCCACGCCUCUCCCAACCCUCCAAAACAACCCACUGUCCACCCUCACAAACCGCAACCAUGCUCGGUCUCUCAGACAUGCAACCGCGCCAGCUGGCCGCGCAAGUCCUAAACUUCGCUCUCGUGCUCUCUACCGCCUUCAUGCUCUGGAAAGGGCUGUCCGUUGCCAGCGAUUCGCCGUCGCCCAUCGUCGUCGUGCUCUCGGGGUCCAUGGAGCCCGCGUUCCAGCGCGGCGACCUGCUAUUCCUAUGGAACCGGGGGUUGGAUACACAGGUGGGGGAGAUUGUGGUGUACAAUGUCAAGGGGAAGGACAUUCCGAUUGUGCAUCGUGUUGUUCGGCGGUAUGGUGGAGGCGAAACACCCCUCCAGCUCCUCACAAAAGGCGAUAACAAUCUCGCUGACGACACCGAACUUUACGCCACGGGCCAGUCCUUCCUAAACCGCAAAGAGGAUGUUAUCGGAAGCGUGAUAGGCUUCAUUCCGUUUGUUGGAUACGUGACGAUAUUGCUGAGCGAGCACCCAUGGUUGAAGCAGGUCAUGCUGGGUAUGAUGGGUGUAAUGGUCGUGUUACAAAGGGAGUGAGAGCUUUGUCAGAGGGAUGGGUUGAACUGCGUGUCCAUGUGGACGUAAUGUCAAAAAAGCGACAUACCAACAGAGAAAUGGGGCUGGACGAGGUUAGUCUGGUUCAAGGGUUUGGAGCUCUCCGUAGUUCUCUUGGAGAUUUGGAAAACAGCAUAGCAAGGCGUUCGGUUUGCAGUCAGGCAACGUCACAGAGGGGCGAGUUGACAUAUGGAAACUACUCAAAGAGAGGAGGUAGAUAUCCACCUACGGGAUCGUUACAGCGCAAACCUGCAUUGAAUCAAGUCAAGUCGCGAAGAUAUCUGGAUGACUUGUUCCGGAGACCAAGUUCUUGUUCAAAAAAUAAAUAAGUUGUGACACAGCAAUUCCAUCCACACAGAGAAUGAGUAGAUCCGCGCAUAC